AUGAGCGGUUCCAAGAAACAGAAAGGCCUUCACGUGGCGGCCCAUGUAACCAGGGCUAAUAGCCUUGCGCCAUUUUCGCCGCAGCAAGCCCCCUAUGCUCUAGCUAAGGCCUUGGAGAAGAUGGAUGAACAAGAGGGAGCGAACAAAGGGAAAGGUACCCAGUCUGGCAUGUCCGCCGUGAUAUGGGUGGCUCUAAAGCGUCUCGAAAAUAAUCCGAAUUACCAGCCUGUGGCUUCCUCUUCUAUGGGGAGGACUGCUGUAGACUUCGCUUCUGGUAGUGAUCCGUUACACUCCAUGAACAAUGUCAAUAAUACCAGAGAUCCGCAUACACGGACAUUCUGGACAAUGUUCUUGUCAAAGGACAUUGUAAUGGAAGAAGAUGGCCGGUGCGAGCUGCGUAGACUGGGGUCAGACUAUCUGGCCAUCAGAGAGAGGCAGAGUAUUACUACCGAUCGAGGAAGAAGCCUGCUCGCCGUUUGA